UUGCUACAAGAAGCAUGCCUGAUAUUUUAACUGGCCAGGAAGUUGCCUGUCUCUCUUAGUUGCCUAUCUCUCUUAUCUGUCUCUGGUGCGAGUUACUUCCCUUUUUUGUAAGUCGCCAUUUGUUUGCGAGAAAUAGAAAGUGCAAAGUUAAUGUUAAACACAAGCGCACAUUUGCCAUCUGUUGAGGACGUUCAUUCUCGAGAUGAAGACCUUAAAGUCAGUAAACUUAUUAAAGCUACAAAAAGUUUGGAGAAGCACAGCAAGUACUACUGUAGAAAGUGCUGGUUGUUUAAGAACAGAAUAUGAUAAAGCUAAACCUUUUGAUGACAUACCAGGACCUAAAGGACUACCAUAUAUUGGAACAAUGUUGAAAUACAGGAGAGCCAUGUCGGCCACACAGAAGCAUUUGUUAAAAUUCCCAUCUCUCAAUAACACCAAACAAAAUAGGUUAAAGGGAAACCCAAAGGACCUGUUUUUCUUUUUUGGACUUGGCAACACGAAUGGAGAUGAAUGGUACAAGUUACGUAGUGCUGUCCAGCAGAUGAUGAUGCGACCAAAAGCUGUCACAGUUUAUCUCCCAUUUGUGACAGAAGUUGCUGAUGAUUUCAUUGAGCGCUUAAAGAAUAUUAGAGAUGAUUCUGGCCGUGUUGAAAAUCUGAGGAAUGAAAUUUCAAAAUGGAAUGUGGAAUCUGUUUUGCAAUACGUUUCCCAGAGGCGUUUAAAUUGUUUAUCUGAUGGUCCCGACUCCGAGGUACAGAAAAUGAUUGAUGCUAAUAUGGACAUGUUUACAUUGUCAGCUAAAAUGAAAUUCCAGCUUCCAUUAUACAAGGUCAUGAAGACACCAACUUGGAAGAAACUAUGCCAGGCCGAGGAAUGUGUUUAUAAGACAAGUGAGAAAUAUUUGAAUCAAACAAUAUCAAGAAUUAGUAACCUUGCCAGAAAUAAUGAACUUGAAGAGGGACAAUAUAACUUUCUGACAUAUCUGCUAGGUAAACAAGAACUAGACAAUAAAGAUGUUACUAUAAUAGCACUGUCAUUGUUUGGGGAUGGAUUAAGCACAACUUCUCCAACAUUAUCCAGCAAUUUAUACUGUCUAGGUCGUUACCAAGAUGCUCAAGAAAAAGUAUACCAAGAAAUUCAAAGAGUUGUUCCCCCUGGAUCACAAAUAACUGCAGAAAUUAUCAACAAAAUGUCAUAUUUAAAGGCUUUUGUAAAAGAGGCUUUCAGAUUCUUUCCCAUUGGUCUAGACGUAGCAAGAAUACCUCAACAAAAUCUGUCUAUAGGUGGUUAUCAGAUCCCUGCUGGGACACAUGUUGAGUUAAAUAAUUUUGUGAUGUUUAAAGAUGAGAAAUAUUUUGAUGAGCCAGAUGAGUUUCGGGCAGAGAGAUGGCUGAGAGAUGGUUCAGCUGAGAAUAUACACCCAUACAUCCUUACACCAUUUGGACAUGGACCAAGAAUGUGUGCAGGAAGAAGAUUUGCAGAGCAAGAGAUGUAUGUAGUGAUAAUAAAAUUAUUGCAAAACUUUCGGCUUGAGUGGAGAAAAUCGUCAGAUCUUGGACAGAAGUACCAAAUUCUGAUGGUUCCAGAUGCCCCAGUUGAUGUGGUACUUCAUAACAGAAAAUAAUAUUCCUGAUUCCAAUAUAAAAUUUAGUUGGCUAUUGAAAAUAACCAAACAUUUAGCCUAAAAAAAAACAUGAUUGUCUAAUUAUAAAUCAUUGUUAAACAUAGUUUCAGUUUUAGUCAGUCAGAAACAGGUUUUCAAUUUUAGCCAAUCAUGAAAAUAAUUUUAAUUUAUUCAAUCAUGCACAUGUGUUCAAUUUAGAAUUUUGUCAAUCAGAAACAUGUUUUCUUUUCAAUUUUAGCCAAUCAGAAACAUCUUAUAAGUUAAGUCAGUCAUGAACAUGUGUUCAAUUUAGAAUUGAGUCAAACAGAAACAUGUUUUCUUUUCAUUUUUAGCCAUUUUUAGCCAAUCAGAAGCAUGUUUUCAGUUUUUUUAAGUCGAUCAAAUGCUAGCAAUGUGAAAACGUUGAAGCACUAGAAUCAUGUGAAUGACUAUCUGGCUUUUUACUAUAAGCUGUUCAAUUUAAGCACUUUGAUGUCCAAACUCCUCAAAUUAAUGAUAACAAAGUUGGGCAUGUCCAUUUUAUAAAUUUAGCAAGUAAAGAAUAAUGCCAGUGAUUAUUAACUAUUUAAAGGCUAUAAAGCUCUGUAUUAUAAAAAAAUUUUAUAAAAUUUAUCAACAAUAAAAUUAAAUUGGUUCUAUAAUUUUAUGGUUGAUUCUCAAAAAGUUGUAACAUAUAAUAUCUCUAUUGUUUAACACACCUGUAUAUUGUAUGUAAACAGAAUAAAAUGUUCUGCAAUAAAAUAUUAUUCUGCUAUUUUAAGUAGGAUUUUAUCCAUUUAGCAAUUAAGAAGACCCGCCAUUUU